UAACUUUUCAAUAUGUAGGCUAACAAAAUAAAUUACACUUGUAAGUUGUGGAAAAUAGGUUUGACUGUUUAUGUCUCCUGUUUAUUAAGGCGAAUGUGUAGCAGAGUAAGAGUUAAAACUGGUGCUCUGGAGAGUCUGCAGUCAAUGAUUAACAUUGUUCGGGUGACUUGUUUAUCUUUGAAAAUGGGAAAGUAUCAAGAUACCUGAGCUCACUGCGCACAGGAAGCAACAAGUGUUGACAUAAAAAGACAGAGAUAAAAGCAGAAAAUGUUGUGACAGAUUCCUGACCUGAGGACCUCACUGGUCAGACUGAGGGGUGUGCUCAUUUGAGGUUUUGCUUUACCUGCUUCCACAUUUUUUUUUGUGGUUUUACUGCGUUGAUCACACUGCUGGGAACAUGUCAUCUGUCUCCGUACCCCCACCUAAAUGCCUGCAGAAACCGAUGGUGGUUCCACAUCGUCACAUGUUUGGACCAGGCCCUUCUAAUGUUCCUCCACGAAUCUUAGAGGCUGGGGCCAAUCCCGUCAUUGGACAUAUGCAUCCUGAGAUAUUUGAGAUAAUGAAUGACAUCAAAAGUGGAAUUCAGUACGCGUUCCAGACUCAGAACCAGAUGACUUUAGCUGUGAGUGGUACUGGCCACACUGCUAUGGAGUGCGCCAUCUUCAACACAGUGGAGCCCGGGGAGAGCGUGCUGACUGCCGUCAACGGCAUAUGGGGAGAGCGGGCAGCAGAAAUGGCUGAGAGGAUAGGUGCCAGAGUAAAUACCAUUGUAGCGCCCCCCGGUGGUUUCUUCACAAACACAGAAAUUGAGCAGGCCUUAUCAAAAUACAGGCCUGUGGUGUUCUUCCUGGCACACGGAGAAUCUUCUACAGGAGUCUUGCAUCCUUUAGAUGGGAUCGGACAGCUAUGCCAUAAGUAUAACUGUUUAUUUCUGGUCGACUCUGUGGCGUCAAUGGGAGGGGCCCCUCUAUACAUGGACCAGCAAGGGAUAGACAUCCUAUACACUGGUUCCCAAAAGGUUUUGAAUGCUCCUCCUGGUACAGCACCCAUUUCCUUCAGUGAAAGAGCAUGCCAGAAAAUAUUCAACCGGAAGACAAAGCCUGUGUCAUUCUUCUUGGAUUUGAGUUGGCUUGCAAACUAUUGGGGAUGUGAUGACAGGCCAUCGAGAGUAUAUCACCACACAGGUCCAAUCACUGCUUUUUACUCUCUGAGGGAAAGUCUGGCUGUCCUUGCUGAAGAGGGUCUGGAGAGUUCAUGGGAAAGACAUGAAAAAGUGGCAGAGUAUUUUCACGCUGGCCUAGAGAACAUGGGUCUUAAGCUUUUUGUCAAAGAAAAAAAAGCAAGACUGCCUACGGUUACCACUAUUGUUGCUCCUCAUGGAUAUGACUGGAAAGAGAUCACAUCCUACAUCAUGAAAACACAUAAUCUGGAGAUUUCUGGGGGCCUUGGACCAUCUGUUGGUUUGGUCCUGCGUGUGGGACUUAUGGGAUGUAACAGCAACAAGGCCAAUGUUGACAUGGUGCUGGCAGCACUGAAAGAUGCUCUGAAACACUGUCAUAAAAGCAAAGUUUAACAUAUUGCUGUUGGAUGCUGUAAAGAUAAUCCUAAAUAAGUGCUACUAUAAUAAGGAAAAGACUGUGUGUGUAACAAAAUAAAUCACUAUUCUCAGCAA